AUGGCAGGUCAUUCCAAAUUCAAGAACAUCAUGCACCGCAAGGGCCGGCAGGACGCCGCGCGCUCGAAACUCUUCUCGCGCCUGUCCAAGGAGAUCACCGUCGCGGUGAAAAUGGGCGGCGGCGUCACCGAUCCGGACAUGAACCCGCGCCUGCGCCUGGCCGUGCAGAACGCCAAGGGCCAGUCCAUGCCCAAGGACAACAUCCAGCGCGCCAUCAACAAGGGCACCGGCGCCGGCGGCGAGGACUAUCAGGAGAUGCGCUAUGAGGGCUAUGGGCCCGGCGGCGUCGCGGUCAUCGUCGAGGCGCUGACCGACAAUCUCAACCGUUCGGCGUCCAACAUCCGCGCCGCCUUCUCGAAAAACGGCGGCUCCCUGGGGGAAACCGGCUCGGUCUCCUUCAUGUUCGACCGGGUCGGCGAGAUCGUCUACAAGCCCGAGGCGGGCGACGCCGACACCGUCAUGGAAGCGGCGAUCGAGGCCGGCGCCGAGGAUGUCGAGACCGGCGAGGACGGCCACACCAUCACCUGCGCAUUCGAGGAUCUGGGCGCCGUCUCAAAAGCGCUGGAAGCGACGCUGGGCGAGGCCGAAUCCGUCAAUGCGAUCUGGAAGCCGCAGAACGAGACGCCUGUCGAUGAGGACAAGGCGGGCACCCUUCUCAAGCUGCUCGACGCGCUCGACGAGGAUGAUGACGUCCAGAACGUCUAUUCGAACGAGGACAUCGCGGACGAUGUGAUGGAGCGGCUGAGCGCUUGA